CCAAAAUUCAAGAUGCAAUGGAAUUAAGACAUGCCAGUUUGAUACUUUGUGUGUUUGUAGAAAAGAUCCCGGUUCAGAACUUCUAAUAGCAAACUGUUCUGAUACGAAUCUGCACCGUAUACCUCGGCUACCAAACGUUCUUGUAGAAUUAUCUUUCCGAACGAAUAACAUCAGUAUAAUAGACGAUGGCAUUUUCGAGGAAAACAUGUUCAUGAAGUCCUUAGAUUUAUCUUUUAAUAGAAUAAAACACAUAAGGAAAAACUCGUUCAAAGGACUAAACAAUUUACUCUUUUUAGAUCUCAGCAACAACGAUUUGAAUUAUGAACACAUUUCGUUUGAAUCAGCAGCCUUUUAUUUCUUGGAGAAACUGAAAAGCUUGAAUUUGAAAAGAAAUGUCAACAGUUCUUUCGUUCCAGAUUUAUCGAAACUUCAAUCACUUGAAACGUUGUCAAUGGAUUUCAUUUCGGACAACAUUGCAAUUCUCGAUGAAAAAUUUGUGUGCUUGAAAAACCUAACAUUUAUAGAUCUAUCUGGUGUUACCGGUAAUUGCAAAAUGAAUACACCGUGCAAAAUACAAUACAUUUACAAUGGAACGCUUACGAAUAUGAGAAACAUGUCCGAACUUGAUGUUUCUUUAAAUACAUGUUUGGGAUUUCCAGCGCUUGAAAAUAUAACCACUGAUAUUAUGCAAUCAGCAAUAAAAGUUCUUAAAGUUAACUAUAUUUAUGGUAUAUUCGAAAUGACUUCAGUACUCAAAUAUUCUCACAUAAGGAAUUUGCAAAAUACGUCACUUAUCAGGUUCGAAGCAGCUGGAAAUCGAAUCAAAAGCAUCGAAUCUGGUGCAUUAAGAUAUCUUCCUAAGUCCCUUGAAAGUGUAGACUUGAGGGACAACGUUUUUUCUGUUGGCCAAUAUUUGAAUGACUUAAAGACGAUACAUAUCACUUCUAUUGAUAUUUCUCAUACUUAUUCCACUCACAACAUGCUAACAACCUACUUAGAGAUGUGCAUUCCUCGAGAAUAUACUGUUACAAUUAAUUCUCAAAGCAACUGGUUGUAUAAGAAGAUUACAUUUUUUGAAAGUAUGAAAAAAAGAUUAAUAAUUCCAGUUCCACCAAAAUUGAGAACAUUUCUAUUUAGAUCAAGCAGACUGAAAUAUGAAAUACCUUAUGUAAGGUUUACUAAAAAUGAACUGAACAAUCUUAGUUUCAGUGACAAUACCUUACACAGGUGGACAGGACCCAUACGUAAUGUUAAACAAUUGACUUCUUUAGACCUAUCAUCGAACACUUGUUCGAAUGUUUCAAAAUUAUUUUUCAGUAAGGAUUUCAGUAUGUUAAAAAACUUGCUAUUACAUGACAACAAUUUAGGGCAAGUCAUAGCGCAAGAUAAUAAUGGUGAAAUAUUGAAGAAUCUGAACAACGUCGUUUACAUUAAUCUGUCUAAAAACAAAAUUAAGAACAUACCAAAUUUGUUUUUUAAAAAGCAACACAAUUUAAAACAUUUAGACCUCAAUGAAAACAUGAUCAAGGAUAUCACAUUUAAAGUUUCUCAUAUGAAUAAACUCGUGUUUUUGAACUUAAGAAAUAAUCACAUAUCGAAGCUCAGUAAAUAUGCUUUGAACGCAUUGGACUCGGUUGCCAAAACAAGUGUAAAUUUUACAAUCGAUCUUCGUGGCAAUAACAUUUUCUGCAACUGCGAUUCCAUAUCGUUCGUCAAAUGGAUGGUAAACACACCAACCCAUCUUCAUGGUUUGAAAAAAUAUGAAUGUAAAAUGCCGAACAACACACAAAUUUUCAUUCACAACCCUAGACAAAUUUUCAAAACGCUUCAAAAGGAAUGUAUGUCAUAUGAAGGGAUUAUAAUUGGAAUAACGACAGGAAUAUUGAUUUUUAUUUUUAUUCUUUGUGGUGGAAUCAGCUACAGAUUUAAAUGGAAGCUACGUUAUUUAUACUACAUGGUCAAGGUCAAAUGGCAUCAAACCGACAAGGAAUCGGACAAUAAAGAUGAGAGAGUGUAUAUGUAUGAUGUUUUCGUGUCAUACGCAGACGAAGAUCAAACAUUUGUCCACAAUAUUCUUGUUAAAAAAUUAGAGAAAGAUGGUGGAAUUCAGUUAUGUUUGCACAAGCGUAACUUCUUACCUGGGAAUGAUAUCGCCACAAAUAUCACAUCCGCAAUUCACAAUAGUCGAAAAACAAUGGUCAUAAUGUCUCCAUAUUAUUUAGCCUCAUACUGGUGUAUGUUUGAAUAUAAUAUGGCAAGGAUGGAGGGUAUAUAUGAGCGCGAUUAUGAAAACAUUCUUUUUCUAGUAUUUUACAAGCAAAUUUCAACUUGCGAUCUGCCACUUCAAAUACUCGAACUGGUUCAGUGUCAAUCUUACAUUGAGUAUCCAAAUGAUGAGUAUGGAGAUGUUGUCUUUUGGGAACAGCUAAAAAGAGCUAUUCAAUCUUGCUAAUGAGUUCGUUUU